AUGAUCUGGACCAAGGCUUUUGCUCUAUCUUUGCAGUUGGCCUGCGCGGCGACAUGUGCUCCCAAAGCAUCAUCGCCGGUAAACUCUACUCUGCCAUCAAUCGACGUGGAACUGACUCCCAUUUUGGACGUUGAGAACAACACGAGCCUCAAUGGAGAGCUUGUUAUGGACAUCCAUUUUGCCAGUAACGAGACCCUCCUCGUGCUGCCCCUCGAAAUGGCAAAUGCACCAUCUGCGCAAUAUACCACCGAGACACUGGAAGCGUGGGACCGUCUUGGCCAGCUCAAGCUGAUCCAGAGCGACGGCACUGGAUCAGACAGCCAGCCUAGCAGGUUUUGGGCUGUACAAAGAGCCACACAAGGUCCUGUGGUAGUCCGGUUCAAAGCUAAGCCGCGCCAAAUUGAUCCGGACGUCAUGGUAGGGCCGUUGUUCGACAUCCGCGCCAACGGCGACGGUCUCUUGGGCUCGACCUGGGCCCUUGUUCCACUACCGCCUGAUGACACAGCUGAGUAUCAGUUCUCCUUGAGAUGGAAUCUCAAGCAUUCGCCACAGGAUGCCAAGGCCGCUUGGACAUGGGGUGAGGGCCCGGCGCCUGUCACAAUCAACGGCACAUCAGCAACGUUUCUUUACACGUUUUGGGCCGUAGGCUCAAUGUCUACCUACCCAGGCGACUCGGAUUCUGAGCCAUUGAGCCCCGACUACAGCAUGUAUUGGCUCGAGCAACCCCCCUUUGACGUGGACGCGACAGCCGCGUUCGUGGACAAAUUCUUCAACUAUUCAUCCAUCUUUUGGAAGGACACAAGCGGAGAGCCAUACCGGGUCUUCAUUCGACGCAACCAAGAAACCGGGACUGGAGGGACGGCCUUGUUGAGGUCGUUUACCUUUGGCUGGCACGACGCAAACAGCACCACCCAAGACAGGCUUGAACUGCUCCUGUCUCAUGAAAUCACACAUAAUUGGCCUCAAUUGAAUGACGUAAACGCUGCCGGAACUCGAUACACUGAAGGGACUGCCGAGUACUACUCACUGAGGUUGCUGUGGCGAAAUAACCAGAUCUCAACUGAAACCUACCUACUCGAAGCAUACUACCUGAAUCCUUAUGUUAAUCUAACUGACGAAGAUGCGUAUAAUCAAGCAUGGGAAACUCGGCAAGCACAAAGAAUUCCCUAUGGUCGUGGGCUCAUCUAUCUCACCAACGUCGAUGCCCAAAUGCGCGCUAUUUCGGAUGGAACAGAAAGUCUAGAUACCAUUGUGUUGGAGCUCUUGGAUAUUUGUCGAGCGUCUUCAUCUCAGUGUACCGAGGCCGGGCUGCUGAAACUAUUGGACAAGCAUCUUGGUCAGGGAGCUGUGGAGGAGUAUCACACAGUCGGCACCGGCCAACCGCUCAUCCAGCCUCUUCCAGACAGCCUUGGUCCGUGUUUCGAGGUUGUCGAGACACAGACAGGCCCUUCUGUAUUCCAAUGGCGCUUCAAGAAUGGCAAGGAUGCCUCUAGUGAAGGUUGUCAGAUCUAG